AUGGCCGAACGUGGCGGCAGUAUUUCCCAAAGGGAGAUCUGCACAGAGCUAACCAGUCUCAAGGAGUUUGAUCUGGAAGCCACCGCCCCAUUAUGCACCGACCACAGAGGAACCCCUGAGAGGCCCGGCCGCGUGGUGACGGUGAUCGAACGCAACUUCUGGGAGACCCUGGGUGACCCAUUGUCCCACCUGGAGAGCGCAACGACCCGCGUCUGGGGCGCCGCAUACCACAUCCCGGCUUCCCAUGCGGAGGAAGUGCACGACUACCUCGACGUGCGAGAGAUAGACGGCUACAGCGUGCAUUACACGCCGUUUCACCCUGUAACGACCAGUGCCGCCGGCACCGCCACAAGCACGGACCAGCCACCGUCAACAACACCAAUAACAUGUAUGGUUUACAUCGGCCAACCAAGCAACCCGCAAUUCCUGCGCGACCCGGCCCGGCGCGAGCCGCAGGACGUCGCGGAUGUCAUUUCUCGGGGCGUCGGACAGAGCGGGAAGAACACGGAGUAUCUGUAUUUGCUGGAAAAGGCGCUCGAGGGCAUUGGACUGGGGAGCGCGGACGAGCAUGUGACGGACUUGGUGAGGAGGGUCAGGAGCAUCGAGGGAUUGGGCGAGGCUGGGAAGGAGGAGGCCAAGGCCGAAAGGGAUGUUAAAGCUGCGCUUGCGGUCGCUGAGGCGAGUGUAAAGGAAGGAGAGAGGGGCUUAGCGGAGUAG